UUUGGGACACUUGUGAAUCUCCCAUUGCUUACAAUUCAAGCACAAGAAAUGCGAAACAUAAACAACAAGAAUUCCUACGAAAAUUCUUGUUUAUUACAUACAUAUACAUGUACCCCACCUAAAUCCACCCAACUAUAGACCUUCUCUUUCAUACUCACAUCUUAGUCAACCCCCACCACGACCGCCCACCGCCCCGCCGGGGAUCCGCCGGAUUUAUGAUUGAAGAAGCUCAAAGAGAUGGGAUCAGAGACGGUGACUUUAGUUCUUGUAAAUUUAGCCGGUAUAAUGGAGCGGGCCGAUGAGUCUUUGCUGCCGGGGGUGUAUAAGGAAGUCGGGGCGGCGCUGCACGCCGACCCGACACGGUUAGGCUCGCUCACCCUCUUCAGAUCCAUUGUGCAGUCGUCUUGCUACCCGCUCGCCGCCUAUCUCGCCGUCCGCCACAAUAGGACUCACGUCAUCGCACUCGGCGCGUUCCUCUGGGCCGCCGCCACCUUCCUCGUCGCCGUUUCCUCCACUUUCACCGAGGUGGCAAUAUCAAGAGGCUUGAACGGGAUUGGACUAGCCAUUGUCACUCCCGCAAUUCAGUCCCUGGUUGCCGACUCAACUGAUGACAGCAACCGUGGUACUGCUUUUGGUUGGCUACAGCUGACGGGAAACUUAGGUUCCAUUAUCGGUGGGCUAGUUUCUGUCCUGAUAGCCUCAACAUCGUUCAUGGGAAUCCCCGGUUGGAGAAUUGCCUUUCACCUAGUAGGACUCUUGAGUGUUGUUAUAGGCGUUCUUGUCCGUCUCUUUGCUAACGAUCCUCGUUUUUCUGAGCGAGAUGGUAAGAAGGAUCAAGAUCGGCAUAAACCGUUUCGUGAAGAGGUAAAAGACCUGAUCAAAGAAGCAAAAGCGGUUAUAAAAGUGCCCUCGUUCCAGAUACUGGUUGCUCAAGGUGUCUCAGGCUCAUUCCCCUGGUCGUCUCUGUCAUUUGCUCCCAUGUGGUUGGAGCUGAUGGGGUUCUCUCACGAGACAACGGCUCUGAUAUGGACUUUGUUUAAUGUUGCUGGAUCGUUGGGAGGGUUGUUUGGUGGAAAGAUGGGCGACGUUCUUGCCAAACGGUUGCCCAAUGCUGGGAGGAUUAUUUUAUCUCAGAUAAGCUCUGGUUCAGCUAUCCCUUUAGCAGCUAUUUUGAUGCUGGGAUUGCCAGAUGACCCUUCCACUGCAGCGACGCAUGGUUUCGUGUUUUUUAUUAUGGGAUUUUUCAUCUCUUGGAAUGCUCCGGCAACUAACAACCCAAUAUUUGCUGAAAUAGUACCAGAGAGAGCUCGAACGAGCAUCUAUGCACUGGACAGGUCGUUCGAGUCCAUACUGUCUUCAUUUGCUCCUCCGGUCGUUGGAAUAUUAGCUCAGCAGGUGUACGGCUAUAAACCGCCUCCAAAGGGAUCGGUCGACUCAAAAACGAUCGAAACGGACAGAGAAAAUGCUGCGUCUCUUGGCAAAGCACUCUACACUGCAAUAGGCAUACCGAUGGCAAUCUGCUGCUCCUUCUACUCGUUUCUCUACUGCACGUAUCCGAGGGACAGAGAUCGAGCAAAGAUGGACGCUUUAAUCGAGUCGGAGCUGCAGCAGAUGGAAACGGAGAAUUCUGUUGUAGUAGAUGAGUACAGUCAACUUCAUGGUUCAGAAUCCAAUCAAUUACAUGGAAAGGAGAGAAGCGUUAUUGAUAUAGACUAUGAAGGGGACGAAACCGCUGAAUUUAAUGAGAACGACAAGCAGAGGCUGCUGUCUCGUGAGCUUACAUUCUCAGACAAACUGUGAAACUGAUACUGAUCAAGUUGCAAAUUUCAGUGCCGGAAAUCGGUGGAAUUCUUCUGGGUCUGAGCUCUUCGAUGCUUUGCGCCCCGUCGAUUUCUGUGGGAUUCGCAGAGACCAAGAGGUUAGUUUUCAUCUUGCAAUUUUCCACAGCUUUUAGACUUUACACGUGCACAUAUAACCAAGUUACUUGUGACAAGGGAUUCAUUUAAUUGCACAUCCUGGAUUCAUCUUCCCAUGAUGUAAAAACAUCGAAUGUUGAUGGUUUUCCCCCCGACUAAUUUACUUUGAUAUGAAUAUCUUUUUCUUCCGUGCUUA